AUGUCAACGGGCGUUAGCUCUACAGUCUCAGAAGCUCGAGACGUCCAAAAAGUAAAGGCGCAUCACCGAAAGACAUCGUCUCUUUGGGUACCACCAUCAAGGCCGGCUUUAGCAUUAACUAAUCCAGCUCCAGCGAUAUGGGAAAAGGCGGAAAUUGGUACUCGAGCUUUAACUCAGUGUCUCCCAUGUUUUUCAGUUUGUCUUCCAGGCAAAAAUACUGUCACGCAGAGCGAAUACCGACGGAUAAUACCAAAUCAUAAAUUUGAUCCGUCGACUCCUAGAUAUAGGCAUCCAAACAGGACGGUCUAUUCGGAUAACCGAGUUUGUACUACCAAAUACAGUCUACUGACUUUUCUACCAAAAAAUUUGUUUGAACAGUUUCAUCGAGCAGCAAAUUUGUAUUUUAUUGCUGUAGUCCUUCUCAAUAUCGUUGUUGGUACGUUUGGACGUUAUGUGUCUAUGGUUCCGAUUGCAUUUGUUUUAUCGGUAACCGCAGUUAAGGAUAUCUUCGAAGAUUAUCGGCGUUACAGAUCAGAUUUGCAAAUCAAUCACUCAAAGUGUCGUGUAUGGGAUAAGUAUGCCGUACAGUUGUAUUAG